AUGCUGCUCACGGUCCUUAAGGCCAUACUUCUCUCCUUCUCUUUCCUCUCCGCCUCAGCGCUUCCUAUCAAGGAUGGUGUAUCAACCAACUCCACUAUCAGAAAGAAGGCGAGUGGGGUUACGUCAUAUCCGUGGGAUGCAGCGUAUCAGACGUACGGCCACGUUAUCGUCGGCGGUGGUCUUACAGGCAUCACCGUUGCCUCUCGUCUCACCGAAGAUCCAUCUACGACUGCCCUGGUCAUUGUAGCUGGCAGCGACAGCCGAGAGGAUCGUCGCGUGUACAACUUCUACAAAUAUGGCAAGGCGUUCAAAUCCGAAUUUGAUUGGCAGUAUCAGAGAGAUGCAGGCAAGAUCAUGCUCGCCUGCUUUGCAAUCGACGUGGAUGCAACCACCCAGGCAGCUUCUACCAAAUUGGUCAGACAAAUUUACAAGACGCCACCACUAUCUUGGCUCACGACGCGCGAGACGAUCCCCAGCUUUGGUGCCGUCCCGGAUCCGAAUAACGACGGUGGAUCUGAUGCUGAUUGGAAGCAGUGGGUGAAGGGUAUCUUUGGUCCCGUCGCUCAUCCUGUCGGUACGUGUGCGAUGAUGCGCCAGGAGCUAGGUGGUGUCGUUGAUGGACGGCUUAGAAUCUAUGGGACUCGGAAUGUACGUCUCAUUGACGCGGGUACCAUGCCCACACAGGUCUCGGCGCAUCUUAGUAGUACACCUUACGGGAUCGCGGAAAAGGCGGCAGACAAAAUCAAGAGUGGACAGUAG